UAGAAGAGAGCGGCGAAAGACAUACUGUACGGGAAGCGAGCGUGCAGGACGACACUGCGACUUCUGUAGCCGUAGCGAUUUCACCAUGAAGCCCGGGACAAGCUGUGUCGCCCUGGGCAUCCUCACCGUGGCGCUGUUCCUCACAGAGACGACAGGUGUUCCGACCGAGCCAUCGGUGGCGACGUCCGAGCCCUGUCCGACACCGCUCUGCUCAGGACCCAAGUGCCGUGGCACCAAGUUGGGCCCGAACGGCUGCCAAGUGUGCGACUGUGACGGGCCAGAGCAGUGUCCCGUGGUGCAGUGCGCUCCAGGAUGCAUAGCCGAAGAGUCCGCACCGGAAGGGCGAUGUCCCACCUGCGUCUGCAAUGCAGCGCCGACGUACAGCAACCGCGCGGUCGACGUGCCCUGCUUCACGCCCCUUCUGCGGGAGGCCCUGCGACGACUGGCCGAAGUUGAGGAGCAACUUCACCAGUUGCGACACCUGACCCAGGAGAACGGGAUGAGGCUGCACAGACUGUUGCCUCCCGUCGAGCACCAGCCCCACCAGCAUCCGCACCACCACCAACCGCACCCGCAUCACCAGCCGCAUCACCCGGCGCCACCGCACGCCGGUAACCCGGAAGCCCCGCCCUCGCCCGCAGCGCCAGCUGGUGGUGAUGCGAAGCAUGCGAACAGCACCGCUUGACCAUUGUGACUAACACGAAUGUUAAAGUGCAAGCAUGACUGUAUACUUGCUUCCGCGAUGAAGCAUGGUGCCUGAAGGAAGAACAUGUAGAAGUGCCGUCCUGUCGCAUGCGCCACUUGCACUAACGUUGCCAAUAAAUUCGACUGCCACUUUC